GCAAAGAUGGCCGACACGGAGAGUACCUGCACUUCCGUAGAUGACAGGACGGAGGAUCUGGUCUCUCCUACGAGGGAUGCGCUCGUGGACGGCAUCGUAGGACUCCUCAAACCUUGCCUGGAUCAGCUGGACGAGCGGGUGCGGGCCACGAGAGUGAGCCAGAGCGAGCUACAUCAACAACUUGAGGGUCUAUCAGUGGAAUUGACAAGGGUCCAGGAACAGACGCAGUGUCCACUCCAGCUCGAUGCCUACAUAAAGAAGCUGCAGAAUGCCAAGAGAAGAGUGGUUGUAGUUAACAAUAUUCUACAAAAUACACAGGAUCGACUCAAUAAAUUGCACAACCAGGUCAGCAAAGAAACAGCACGUAGAAAAGCCCUGUUAGAUACCAGUUCGCCAUCGACAGUCCCAUCAACUUCACUUCAUGCACCGUGACUUGACUUUCCGUCAUAAAAAAAAAAA